UAGGCGGAAGAGGGCGCGGAGAGCGGCGGGAGGGAGUUUUGAGGGGUCCCCGGGAUGGAGCCCCCCCCUCAGCCCAGUGCCAUGGACGCCCUGCACGAGGCCGGGAUCCACGCCGCCGUGGCCCUGCAGGCUGGGCCGCCCUGGCUGGAGCAGUUCUGGCUCCUGCUGACCUCGCACCUGGACCCCAACUCCAUCUACACCGUGUGCUUCCCGCUGGCCCGCGGCCUGGACGAGCACGUGUCCCUCAUGGUCCUCUGGAUCGCUCUGGUGGCCGAGUGGCUCAACGUGGUCCUCAAGUGGUUCCUGUUCGGGGAACGCCCGUACUGGUGGAUCCACGAGUCGGGGCUGUCUGAGCGGGAGCAGCUCCCCCUGCGCCAGUUCCCGGUCACCUGUGAGACAGGACCAGGGAGCCCCUCGGGGCACUGCAUGAUCCUGGGGGCGGCCCUGUGGCCGAUUGUCACCGCCCUGAGCAAGGCAGUGUCCAGGUACACCCGGAGCCGGCUGCUGAGGCUGGUCCCGUUCCUGCUCUACCUCCUCCUGCUGGUGGCCAUGGGGCUCUCCCGGAUCUUCGUCCUGGCCCACUUCCCCCACCAGGUGAUCUCCGGCUCCCUGGCAGGGAUGGCUCUGGGCUGGGGGCUGCAGCGCUGGCCCCCCAACUUCCUCAAGGUUCGCUUCUUCCUGCUGACGGCUCUGGGGCUGCUCCUGAGCGCGCUGGCCCUGCACGGAUUGGCCACAGCCGCGGGGCUGGACCUGGACUGGUCCCUCCGCCGGGCCAGCGCCCGCUGCUCGGAGCCCGCCUGGCUGCGGCCCGAGACGCGGCCCUGGUCCUCGCUGUGCCGGGUGAGCGGCAGCGCGCUGGGGCUGGCCCUGGCCGCCCGGCACCCCCUGAGCCGCCGCGCCGCCGAGGAGCUGCGGGGGCUGGAGCCGCCCCUGGGCAGCGCCACGCUGGGGCUGCUGGCUCUGGACAUGCUGCACAAGCUGCCCAAGAACGGCGGCAGCGCCCUGUGGUACCUGAACGUGGGUGCCCGCUACGCCCUGGGGCCCGUGCUGGUGGAAUCCCUGCUGCCCCAGCUCAUCCUCACCCUCCGGCGGCUCCGGGCGACCCCCUAGACCCCCCCCCAAUGUCGGGGAUGGGGGGGAUCUGCUCCCAGUUCAUCCCCACCUGUCCCAGGGACCCCCAGAUUGAGCAGGGGGUGUCUGCUCUGUUGCCAGUUCAUUCUCACACU